AUCACCGAGACAACUGUUAAUUCCACUAAAAUCGAACUACCCAUGACUAGAUGUACCUAAAGCCGUACCAUAUGACCUGCAGUUAGCAAACUGGGAUUGGACCCGCAGCAAUCAUCAUGCUCUCUGAGUCACCCCCGUGAUGCAAGGAGUUCGGCCUGUCGGUCGGUCGGUCGGUCGGUCGGUCGGUCAACUCUCAGCCAGGCAAGGUGAGCCGGGGGUCCAGCUCAGAUUUCCCCUUCAGAUCAGUUCUGGUGCUAUAAUAAUCAACAAUAACAAUACUCCAGAUCAAAACAAGGAACCUACCGUUCCGAAUCUUCCCAGGCUGUGCGUCGCAAGAGGUAGCCUUGUGAAUUGGGGUCGUAUUUACGGGAAUCUCUUCUCAGGCCGAGCAUUAAAGGUAUCUGCACAGACAGAAGAUGCUGUGCAGUGUUUGCUGUCUUCCGUGGCUAUACUACAACGCACAGCAGUACACCCACGCAGACAUGGCGGUCGCAGAGAAGCCACCGUCGCAAGACUGUUUCCGCACUUCUUGCACUGCAAAAUUUGCUCGGUCGCGGGUCCAGAGGAAACCUCUCCCAGGGCGCGACGAACAGCCUGGAGCAGAUCAUUUAAUGGUAGAAGCUUUUUCUUUUCUUUUCUGGCCGCAUACAAUCGAAGAAGUCGUUACGUGUAAAGAGAGUUGUAUAAGACGCAAUAGACGCAAAAUAGGCGAACAGCUGACUGAAGACUGAAGACUGACUGAAGACUGACUGACUGACUAGUAGCGAGAUAACGACCAAGUUUCCGGAAGGGCUGAGGAGUGAAAUGUAGCAGUGCUGAUCCAUCUGACAAUCCGAGGAAUUACAACGUUAUUGUGUGUAA